AGCUCUCACGCCAAUUCCACCGUCAGUGACGUCGGCGUCACGUGUCUGCCUCUUCCCUCGGUACGUCCGUCGUAUUUUCCUCCCCUUUCACUGCCUGCUGUAACACAGAGCCACUCGAAAUAAACAAGCGCAAAAAAUAAGAGAGGGGCCGUUGUUGUUGUGAGAGGGAGGGGGGGACCGGUCCGGCUCCAGUCACGUUUAUUAUUAUCAGCGGCCGAUUGUCAGAGGGGUCCUUACACCUAUAAGUUACCAUCAGAGAAGCCCAAAGCCGACCCCGUCCGUGUCUGGCUCCACUGAACCCGCACCAGUGUAAACUUUUUAAUACCUGCGAUGCAUACGCUGAGCUCCGACAAAGCGAGGAUUUCCCGAAAAACUCAAGUGAUAACCACAAGUGGACCCACGGACAAGACCCGCCACCCCCCUUCCCCCAUGCCUGGUCUAUAGUCAACGAGAAACCCAUAUUCUUUUUCACACCUCACUCUCAGCCAUUUGACCACUCCUCCCACCCCCAGCCCCAUUUUUUUUCACACCAUGGCCAGCAAAAGGAAGUCGUCCACUCCCUGUAUGAUACCUAGCAAGAUUAUUCGCCCCUUAGAGGAGGUUGAGCAGGACUCUCCUGCUCUCCGUCAGCCAAGGGUUUCUGGCAGUGACACACAGAGCCCCUUAGACCCUGGAGAGUCUUCCAAACCAGAGGCGGGGGAUGCAGUCAAAGAUGGUGCAGGCAGUUACACAUGUAAGCCUUGUAAUUUCGAAACGCAUGACCUUAACUUAUUUUUGGAUCACGUCUACUCCGGGCACCCAGACUUCCGUGCUGACCCCAGCUUCUUUUGUGUCAGCUGUGGGGUUUCAGCACCCAAGUUUGAGGGCCUAGCAUUACACAACGCCAGGGUUCACCCCAGCACAUUGAACACCACUCUGCGGCUGAGAAAGAGAGACAGGAGGCUGGUUGUGGAGCAACAUCUGGUGGCUGGGCCAGAGAGCGGGAAGGACAGUGAGAUUUCUAUCACUAAAACCCCAAUUAUGCGGAUGCUGAAGGGCAAAUCGGAGCCUAAACGGAUUGUGGUGUCUCACCCAAUCUCAGAUGAGGCGUCCUCAGACCGACACACUAUCUCUGCAUCUAGAGAGACUGAGAGAAAAGAAACUGCCUCAGUAACAGUCGCCCAUGUUCCUACGAUUGUCCACAAUGGAACAACUAAGGUCACACUUCCCUCAGCAAUCCAGAUAGUGAAUGGCUCAGGAGCAUUACCCAUGUUAAAGACACCAAUCACACAGGUGGUUUCAGUAGUUCAAAACAGAAACCUUCAUCAUUCUGCGCCAGUCACCGCCUCCUCAAAUAUUUCCUCCAGUUCCUCAACUUCCUCCUCAGAAAAUCUCCCAAAGGUAAUGAUUCCUUUGAGCAGCAUCCCUACCUACAGUGCCUCCAUGGAUUCCUCUUCCUUCCUGAAGACCUCCUUCAGCAAAUUUCCGUACCCCACAAAAGCUGAGCUCUGCUACCUGACUGUGGUCACAAAGUUCCCAGAAGAGCAGAUCAAGAUCUGGUUCACAGCCCAGAGACUGAAGCAAGGCAUCAGCUGGUCUCCUGAAGAGAUAGAGGAGGCCAGGAGGAAGAUGUUCAACACCAUAAUUCAAACGGCACCUUCCAACUCUCACAACCAGCCACAGAGUCACCACAGCCCAGCCCAGCAAACCAUCACAGUCCUGCCUGCAUCGCUUGGGGCCACCGGGAUCCCUCACAUCCUGCAGGGGUCUCUCGUCGGCCAAGGAGGGGUAAUCGUCACACAGCCGGUCAUGGCAAACGGUAUCCAGGUUAACAGUACUCCUGUUGCCCUAGCUGUCACACCUAAGCCCCAGGCAGCAGCGCGACCUAUGAUGCAGGCCCGACCUGCAGCGGCCCUGGUGGCAGACAAAGGUGUGAGCAUGGUGGUGGGGUCAGUGGGAAGCAGCAGCACAGGAACGAAUAUCAUUAGCAGCUGUAAUAGUAGUAGGAGUGGGGGAGGGGGCACUAGCAGUGCUCUUAGCAGCAGUCAAACUAGCGUGAUCAACCUCAGCUUGGGAAGCAGUAGUCAUAGUAAUGCUAAGGUGAGCAGUGUCAAUGACAGCAGCGGUAAUGUUGACUCCAGCGACAAGGGCAAUGGGGAUGCAACUGGGCAUGUAAAUGCCAAGAACACAGAUGUCAGCAAUGCCAACAACACCAGCGUGCUGCAGAGUGACAACAAAGUAACCACAGAAAGCAAAAACAUCACAGACAUCAAAACCGUCAAUGGCAACAGUUUACCGAAGAGCAAAGAUGAUAAUGGGAACAGCAGCAAAAAUAGUGAGACAAGCGCAGAUGACGUCGACCCCUCUGCCAGUGACUCCCCACCCAUGAAGAUGGAGGAGGCUUCUUCCCCUGCCUCCAAGUCUUCUUCCCCAUCCCCUGCAUCUGCCUCAAGCAGCACGCUGGGAUCCAGGACGCCCGUCAACCCCUUCCUGGAUCCCAGCUUUUACAAAGGCAAAAAGUCUCAGGAGCAGCUCAAUGCCCUGAAGGACAGUUUUCAGGUGUGCCAGUUUCCCAACCAGGAGGAGGUGGACCGGCUCAUUGCGUUGACGGGGCUCACAGUGCGAGAAGUUCGCAAGUGGUUUAGUGACCGGCGCUACCAUUUUCGCAACCUCAAAGGUACACGUGCCGGCUCAGGACCACAGACUAAACCCGCCACCGCACCCGGAACGGGCAGCAGUCCGGGUACGCCAGGAACAAGUGCCGCUGGCAGUGCCAACCCCAUCGAUCUGUCAGAAAGUAGCAACAACUCUGGUGCGAAAACUCCCCAACACAGCGCUGCACCCCUGAGCCCAUCUGCAUCAUCACAGACACCCACCUCUCCCACCACACCUUCCCGCCGACUCCCCAGGCCACCGUCACCUGAUUUCACAGCCAUCCGCUACAAGGAGAGAGAACCCCACCAGGUUAAAGCCCUAGAGGGCAGCUUUUCCCAGAACCCAGACCCAUCAGGCGAGGAAGUGGAUAGACUGCGGUCUGAGACCAAGAUGACCAGAAGAGAAAUCCACGGCUGGUUUGCUGAGAGGAGGAAGAGAGUGGCAGCUGAGAAAAAGAAAGAGGAGGCUGAGCGGGCAAUGCGAGAGGAGGAGGAGGGUGAGGAUAUCGAGGUUGAUGGAGAAGAGAGGCAGAGAGAUGAAAGUUCAGGGGAACCAAAAGUCAACCCUAUUAAAAUAAAUCUGAAGAUGCUGAAGGUGACAGAGGCCAAUGGGAAAACUGAGAGCGAAGGGCUGGAUAGUACGGCCGCAUCCUCCCUGGGUCCUGCCUCAUCUGCCACCCCCAAAACAUCGCAGACCUCCACGCCAACACCCAAACCAGCUCACUCCCCCAAACCCACAGGCGUCCGAGGUAAGAAGACAGCGGACCAGCUGCAUCUGCUGAAACAAGUUUACGCUCGGACCCAGUGGCCUAGCGCCACUCAGUACGAUGAACUCAUCUCAAGCACUGGGCUGCCCAGGCCUGAAGUGGUGCGCUGGUUCGGAGAUUGCCGUUAUGUGCAGAAGAAUGGCCAGCUGAAGUGGCUGGAGUCGUACCAGAACAUGGCUCUGGAGGAAGACCUACAGAAGGGGAACGUGCACGUCCUCCAGGCUCACCUUGACGUCCACGGAAGGCUGGAAGACUCACAGUUGCAGGAACUUGCUCAGAGUAGCAGUUUGACAACAGACUUGGUGCGACACUGGUUUACCACUAAGGCGUCUUUGCAACAAACUGCCGCCACCAGUGCCGCUGCUCAUACAACAGGAACGCGACCGGUUGCACCAGGUGUGGCUGCAGAGCCACCUAUAACAGGAUCCUCCCCUCCAGAGUCGCAGGCAGGAGGUGGGAUGGAGGAGAAAAUGGAGGCGUCGGUGUGCAGUGUCGCAACAGAAGCAGAGGACGCAAACGCUGACGAGACUGUGAAUGCUACUAAAGGAACUGAUUGAAGAGGCCUUUUUGUGCGAGGAUGGAGUUGACAUCGCAGGUGGUCUUUGUUCCGGGAGCCUGACUAAAAGACGGCAGAUGCGUUUGUAACAAGAUCACUGGAAGGAAAUGGAUCUUGGAGCCACCUCCACCCACCCACCCCUACUCCCCCCCACCCAUCUCUCCCUCUCUCUGUCUCUCCUUACCGCUCACACCCCUCGAGGUGGGCAUGACACCCCACAUCCCCCAAACUGCCUACAUGAGAUGGACGCUAUAGCAGCCCCCCCGCCCCCGCCAAAAUCCACCCACCCAGCCGCCCACUCCCUUCUCUCCUUCUCCAGUUUUGUCUAGAUCUCCACUACAACUCUCCACUAUUCUCCCCUCCGCCAUUUUCCCUUCAGGAGAAAGUAGACACUGAGGUGCAGGAGUGGAGGUGGCAGUGUAGGCGUUCAGGCUGACAGCGUUUUGCUGCCAUGUUUUUUCCAACUGCCUGCUGUGAUGGGGGUAAAGAAAGGGGUGGGAAGGGAAAAAAAAAGAGAGGGGUGGAUGUGUGGAAGCAGAAGAAGAGGGGGGGAAAAAGUGUGUUUGAGACUGCAAACUUGGCAGAUGUUGAUCAGGUGGGGGUUGGGUUUGGACUCUUAUCGACUAAGCUGAGACACGAUUCAGUGAAGCGUUGAGACUGUUCAUUGUUUGUUUUUUGGGGUACGAAAAACUGCAGUUUUGCUGCAGGGUGCUUGCCUAGGCCUUAACGUAACGUAAAUCAAAUCAACCUUAUUUUCCCCAUUGUGCCGUCUUCAUGCUGCUUUUUUUUCCCCUGCAUCACAAACUCUGACUUCAUGCUUGCAGUUUAUUUUAGAAAUGUGCUAGCUGCCCUGUUCACAGCAACAAAUGUGAAAAGCAGCACUGACGCUCAUUCAACCCGAGGUUAUUUUGGAACAUGUUUUUGUUCACACUUUUCGUAUCUGUACAUACUUUUCAUUUAACAUGAAAUUGCUCAGCGUGGGACGACAUCGGGGAUUGUUUCAUCCAAAGAGGGCAAGCACCCUUUAGAGUCUAAAACAAACAAACAAAAAAGUGACACAGUAUAUUAGACUACAUGACAUACGGUUUGUGUUGUAGCAUCAAGUGCUUCUUUACGUAUCGGAUAUGUACGUAUAUUUGUUUUUAUGAGACUUUGUUAUAAAAUAAAUCACACUGUAAACAAACUGUGAACUACCAGAGUUCCAUAGGCUUGAUGUAUAAUUUUUACAGAUGGCAUUUCAGAAUAAAAGCAAUGUCAGAAA